GAGCUGCUGUUCUGCAUUGGGGGUGUCUGGUCAUAGAGAUCUGUUACCUGUGCCUACACAGCUGAGGCCAUGGCUUCCAAAUGCCUGAAGGCCAGCUUCUCUUCAGGCUCUCUCAAGGGCCUGGGAGGGACUGGUGGCAGGUCCUCUCGAGUGUCUGCCAUGUACUCCAGCAGCUCCUGCAAGCUCCCAAGUCUCUCCCGUGGGGCCCGGAGCUUCUCUGCCUGCUCAGCAGGCUGGGGCAGGAGCAGCUGCAGGGCUGCCAGUUGCCUCCCUGCUCUCUGCCUCCCUUCUGCGGGCCUUGCCACCAGCUACAGCUUGGGCGGGGGCUGGUAUGGGGAGGGCAUCCUGACUGUCAGUGAGAAGGAAACCAUGCAGGUCCUGAAUGACCGGCUGGCCAGCUACCUGGAGAAGGUACGCCAGCUGGAGCAGGAGAAUGCCAGCCUGGAGAGCCGCAUCCGGGAGUGGUGCGAGCAGCAGGUGCCCUACCUGUGCCCUGACUAUCAGUCCUACUUCAGGACCAUCGAGGAGCUGCAGAAGAAGGCCCUGUGCAGCAAGUCUGAGAAUGCCAGGCUGGUGGUGCAGAUCGACAAUGCCAAGCUGGCCGCAGAUGACUUUAGGACCAAGUAUGAGAUGGAGCUGUCCAUGCGGCAGCUGGUGGAGUCAGACAUGAAUGGUCUGCGCAGGAUCCUGGAUGAUCUGACCCUGUGCAAGUCUGACCUGGAGGCCCAGGUGGAAUCCCUGAAGGAGGAGCUGCUGUGUCUCAAGAAGAACCAUGAGGAGGAAGUGAACUCGCUGCGCUGCCAGCUUGGAGAUCGGCUCAAUGUGGAGGUGGACGCUGCCCCGCCUGUUGACCUGAACCGUGUUCUGGAUGAGAUGAGAUGCCAAUAUGAGACCUUGGUGGAGAAUAACCGCCGGGACGCUGAAGACUGGUUCAACACCCAGACUGAGGAGCUGAACCAGCAGGUGGUGUCCAGCUCUGAGCAGCUGCAGACCUGCCAGGCAGAGAUCAUCGAGCUGAGACGCACAGUCAACGCCCUGGAGAUUGAGCUGCAGGCCCAGCAGAGCAUGAGAGACUCUCUGGAGAACACGCUGACAGAGACUGAGGCCCGCUACAGUUCGCAGCUGUCCCAGGUACAGUGCAUGAUCACCAACGUGGAGUCACAGCUGGCUGAGAUCAGGAGUGACCUGGAGCGGCAGAACCAGGAGUACCAGGUGCUGCUGGAUGUGCGUGCCCGGCUGGAGUGUGAGAUCAACACAUACCGGGGCCUCCUGGAGAGUGAGGACUGCAAGCUCCCUUGCCAUCCAUGUACCCCUGACCAAUUGCCCUCCAAGUCAUGCCUGCCCUGUCUUCCUGCAGCCACCUGCAGUCCUGGUGCAGCCCGUACCACCUGCAGCCCUCGCCCUACCUGUGUGCCCUGCCCAAGGGGCCGGUUCUGAGAGUAACUGACCAAGAAAGCCAAGGCUAUUGUUUCUAGGUGUUGACCUUGGCCUUCACCCACCAUUAACCUUCAAAACCCAGUUCCUUGCUCUCUAGGUAGAAGCUAGUCCAGGGCUUGACCAUAAGAGGGCUUGCCAUACAUAUGCCUUUAAGUUUCCCAAAGCUGCUCAUGAAGGUUCUAGCCCUGAAGGCUCCUCACUAUUUCAGUGGGUACUAGGAUGCAUCCUGGGUUGAGUUUUCUUUCUGCAUGUGAUUUCAGUGUCUUCUGAAAUGCAACCGAUGGCUUCUGUUGGUAGAAAAAUAAAGCUCAUUUGCUCUGGCACUUGAUAACUAGCCCUCAA